UUGCCCAUUCUGCUGCUCUGAGUGACGUGAUCAUUUCUCUUAUCCCUCAACUUUACCAGAGCAGGCAGCCGAGCUGGACGGUGCCUGUCAUCAGGCCACAACCUUCCCAAAGAAAAUCUCAAUUCAUCCCGUUCGUUCUUUCUCCUUUAUUUUUUUUUCACCCCCUGCUGGCUGCUCCUCCACAGCGAUGAUUCCCAGUUUUCCUGCGUUUCCGUCGGACUCCGCGAUGUUGUGCGGGUUACUACACGAAGGCGUGAAUCUUUUCUGAGUGGAGGUGGAUCUUUCCAGAUACGUCGAGGGUACAUUAAAUAAUCAUCACCAUCAUAACAACAAUUAAAAAAAGAAGCGUUUCCCCGCAAAAAUUGAAAAAAAAGAAGGGGAAAAAUGCCACGGAGGAAACAAGAAGCGCCGAAGCGCGCGGCAGCCUAUUCUCCUGAGGAACUGGCUGAGCGCGCUGUGGAUCAUGAGGAGGUGGAGGAAGGCGACCUGGCAUCAGCCCCUCAGGAUGGCCUUCAUAUGAAAGAUGAGUUAGUGGAGCAACGCAUCGGGCCUGCUAAGGACCACGCCUGUGACCAGGAAUCUGCUGGGGCUGCGGAGCUCUCAGGACAAGAAAUGGACAGCGACUCACAUGUGAGCGAGACCAGUGACCGUCUCUCAGAUUUUGAGAGUCCUUCCAGAAAUGCUGAGGGCAGUUUGGUCACAGGCCCUCUGAAUGGUGGCGUAAAGACACCCCCUAUAGGCAUGGACACCCUGGAACAAAUGAAGGCUAUCUACUCCAGCUUUCUGACUGGUUCAUUCUGGUCACCUUUAAACUUGAACACCACAAUGCCGCAGGCUCACUCUUCGGCUUCAGCGGAGAAGCCGACACGUAGCAACAGCACUAGUAGCAGUAGUAGCUGUAGUAGCAGUAGCUAUGACUGGCACCAGUCAGCGGUAGCAAAGACACUACAGCAGAAUCCUACACAGAGUCAUAACCUGGUUCAGUCAGAGUCCAAUCUCUUUAGUACAGUGCAGCUCCACAGGCAAAACCCAAAGCUGUUUGGGUCCAUCUUCACUGGGGCCAGCAAAUUCCGCUGUAAGGGCUGCAGUGCUGCUUAUGACACGCUGGUGGAGCUAACCGUUCACAUGAAUGAUACAGGACACUACCGUGAUGACAACCUGGACAGGGCAGGCAGUGGUUCAAAGCGUUGGUCCAAACCACGCAAGCGAUCCUUGUUAGAGAUGGAAGGGAAGGAGGAUGCCCAGAAGGUGCUGAAAUGUAUGUAUUGUGGCCAUUCGUUCGAAUCCCUCCAAGACCUCAGUGUCCACAUGAUUAAGACCAAACACUAUCAGAAAGUGCCUCUGAAGGAGCCGAUGGCCCCUGUGGCAGCCAAAAUUAUGCUUUCAAAGAAAAGGGGGCUUGUGGCGUUUGACAUCACUGCCUCACCUCAUUCUAGGGAAGGAACCCCCAAAGCCAAGGACCCACAAACGGAUCUGACUGAACCCUCACAGAAACCUUCUUCCAGCCCCUAUACCACCCCUAGUAGUCGCUAUGGCCACCAGAAUGGUGGUAGCUAUGCUUGGCAGUUUGAGUCAAACAAAUUUCAGAUUCUUAAGUGUAUGGAGUGUGGUAGUUCCCAUAACACACUACAAGAGCUGAGAACCCACAUGAUGGUGACAGGACACUUUCUGAGGGUGACCAGUUCUGUCGGAAAAAAAGCCAAAACACUUCCUGAGGCCACCUCCCCAAACCCUGGGAGGGUCACCACCCCUACAGAACAGAGAUUCCAGUCUGUCCCACUUGCACCCUCAACCUUCUCACCUCCACCAACCCAAACUAUAACAACCACCCCUUCUCUCAAAGAGAUAAAAAAGGAAGAGAUUGAAGAGGAAUGUACUAAGCAAGAGUCUGGAACUGAAAAACAGGUUGCAGUUUCAGUUGGGAAGGAGGAGGAUGCUGACAAUGAAGAAAAGUAUGAUGUCUCCAAGUAUAACUAUCUUACUGAAGAGGACCUAAAAGAGAGCCCUAAAGGAGGCUUGGACAUUCUUAAAUCACUGGAGAACACUGUGACAACAGCCAUCAACAAAGCCCAGAGUGGAAAUCCUAGCUGGGGGGGCUACCCUAGUAUUCAUGCAGCCUAUCAGUUCCCCAAUGCCCUCAAGCUUCCCCAGGGCAGUGCGGAGAAAAGCUCCCCAAUUAAGUUCUUGUAUAAUGGGAGAGAUGGGGUGGUGUCUUCCCUUACCAAUAACCAGCCCAUUAUAUCCCCACCACUUAACCAGUCCUCCCCCUUCCCCAGCAAUAACUUCCAGGCGAUGGAAGAUUUAGUGAAAAAAGUGACUGAGAAAGUAGCCAAAGUAGAGCAAAGAGUAAAGCAGAUGUCUCCUAAGAGAGAGAUGCAUCUUUCUCUCUGUAGUAGCGAAGGAGGAGAGUCACAGAAGGCAGGAGAGGCUGACUCACCUCGGGAAUGGAGGGCAGUAACCCCAGCCAAUAGUGACAGGCGAAGCCAUAGCGACAGAGGGUCCCCGGCAACAGAACCCAAGGGAGAGACAGCAGUCAAGUCCCCACUCGCCUCCACACUGAGGUGCAGCACUGCCAUUAUCACUGGUCAUACUCCUCCAGAGCAGCCCUUUGUCAACCCUUUAAGUGCUCUUCAGUCAAUAAUGAACAUUCAUUUGGGGAAAGCAGCCAAGCCCUCCUUGCCAAACCAGGAUCCUCUGAGUCUGCUGUCCAGACUCAGCCAGAGCAUGGCUGAGAGAGCUGCUGUAGCUGCUCCUCCCUCACAGACCAAAAAGCCUGAGACUGUGGCAGACCGUAGUUUUUGUCAGCCCAGUGAUGACCAGCCAAUGGACCUCACAAAAGGUAAAAGUGAUAGCGUGAGCUCCAUAGGCUCUACACCCUUGACCCCUUCAUCCACAGCCUCCUCCAUCUCUCCCUCCUCAAUAAUAACUCCUGCCAAGCUACCUGUAGUCUCUCCAUACACAUCCACCAGCCCUCUACAUGAAAACGCACUGUCAGAUAUCUCGGACAUGUUGAGGAACCUGACACAGUCCCACCAUGUCCUAAAGCCUGCGUCGCGUUCCCGGGCUACAGAUAAAGCCGAGGUCAUAGGCUCUACCCAAGAUGAUGACGAUUUACCACUGCAUGGCCAUAAACGCAAAGGCCGUCAUUCCAAUUGGAACCCCCAGCACCUCCUUCUUCUGCAGGCCCAGUUUGCCUCAAGUUUGAGGCAGACAUCUGAUGGAAAGUACAUAAUCAAUGACCUCAACCCACAGGAAAGAAUGCACGUGUCUCGUUUCACAGGACUCUCCAUGACCACCAUUAGCCACUGGCUUGCUAAUGUCAAGUACCAGCUACGGAGAACUGGCAGAACCAAGUUCCUCAAAAACCUGGACUCUGGCCAGCCUGUAUUCUUCUGUAGUGACUGUGCCUCACAAAUUCGAACCCCAGCAGCAUAUGUAUGCCACCUGGAGGCGCACUUAGGGUUCAGAAUUAGGGAUCUGGCCAAGUUGUCCCCCAAGCAGACUGUCAGGGACUCCCAGUCUCUUACUGACAAACUGGUACCCCUGGAGUCCUUCCUUUCUCCACAAUCACAAGAAGACUGCAGUAGUAACGGGGCAGUGUACUGCUGUCAGCUGUGUGUCCGGAAGUUUGCCACAAAGCACGCCAUCAAGCUUCACCUCAGCAAGAGUCACGGGAAGUCUCCAGAGGACCAUCUGCUGUAUGUGCGCGAACUAGAGAAACACUAAAUUACUCACUGUUGUAGACGUACUGGAAAAUAUAUGACAAGCGAUGACUGUAGAAAAGAAAAAAUACAAACGGAGAAUAUUUGCAAAGUGUGGUAAAUAAUGCACAAAGAUGCCAUGAACUACUGUCCAAAAAAUGUCAGCACAAUGUGUUUACAUCUAUUUGGUCUCUAAGCAUUUCAAGUUUCUCUGUAUUUCAAAAGGCAUUUAUUUCAACAAUCAUUAUGUAUACGGUUGGUCAAAAACAUCCAACUUUGUAAAGACAGCAAAGGACAUUUUACUUUAUGAUUACAGUGAAUCACUUGAGUAGAAGGUCAGUUGACAACUUGAAUUGUAUUAACAUUGUAUUUAUUAUUUUUUUUAUUUUGUGACUUUCAUUUUUAAUUUACUGAUAGACUGCAUGUUCUAACAAGUUCUAUGGUCAUUUUUGUACAGUUUGUGCUGUUCAAAUUUUAAAACAUCCUUUUGAUUUCUUUUUUGUUGUUGUUGAAAAUAGCCAAAUACCUGGAAAUGCUCCUUAGAAAAAUCUGCCAAACAGUCAUCAGUUUGUUUGUUUGUUUGUUUUGUUUUGUAUUUCUAAUAUAACUGUUUUCUGUACAGCCUUUUGAUUUUUCUUGUCAAUUGUACAAGCUGCCUUGUGGUUUAUCACAAAGUAAGGGGCACUUAAAAUUCCAGGUUGGUGUAAAAUUGUAAAUAUCGUGUAUAAGCUUACAGUUUGCUGUUUAAAUUAUGCAUACUUGUUAUAUUUCCUAAUUUAAGAGGACUACGACUAUCCACUGGUGCAGAGCCUUUGAAGAAGAGAAAAGGACAUCAUUUUGCACAAUAGUUUUUUAAAUGUUAUUUGAUAAAAAUCACUACAAAUAUGUUAAUGCCUUGCGCUUCUAUAAUUAAAUUGAAUUAACUGCUGGAU